UUUGACGACGAAAUCUCCUCGUCACGGGGGGGAGGCGGAGAGGAGAGGAGAGGAGAGGAAGGCGAUGACGAGGGAGGAAUCGCCGGAGUCCGGCGGCGCCGCGGCGGCCGGAGAGCCGUCGGGCACGGCGCUGCCGAGGAGGGGGAAGUCCUGCAAGGGCUGCCUCUACUACUCGUCCGUGCUCAGAUCCCGCGGGUUCAACCCUGUCUGCGUGGGGAUCCCGCGCUCCAUCCCGCAAGUCCCAAACUACGUGGUGGACGAGCCCAAGGAAGAGGCGGCGGCGCAGGGGCAUGAUUUGAGGCAGUUCAAGUACGCCUGUGCUGGUUACUCGAUGUUCGUGGUGGAUAACAAAGACGGCCAAAGUGGCGAGAAGGAGGGCAAGACGUUGCUGCCGUAUUGCCAGGGGCUCGAGCUAUUGGUGGACAGCAGACUGGUUGAGAGAAAAUCAACGACUGAUGAGCAAGCUACUGCCUCUUUUAGAAAGGAAGCUGCCAACAGCUCUAGGCAACAAGGACAAAGACCCGGGCAGCUUACUGGACAGGAUUUCUAUGCGAGGUUUAGGAAGAGUGCAGGAUUGGUCGCUUCGGGCGUCGCAAAGAAUCUAAACAAGACAGCUAAUUACAUCAAGGAAAACAUUGCAGACAUACUUUACCCAGAUCGUCGACCACCCAAGUAGGAAUCAUGCUGCCUGUUCAUCGUUAUUCAGUUUGGAGGUCUUGAAAAAAUGCUAUGGACAUGAGAUGGAACUUGGAAGGCCACCUGACGUGCCAUAUACUUACAAUAACCACACCCUAGGCAGGAGUGGUCUGAGCCACAUUGAGCUCAAAUGGACGGUUUCUUGGAUGCUCUGAAUUCUUUUCACUCUACUUGCAUGAUUUUUGUAGUCACAUACAAACUAAUGUUGUACAUGUAACAUAAAACCUGCUUCAUUGAAGCUGAAAUCGGAUCUGGUCGGUGAAUUGUUGAAUAAUACCAAACUGUUAACUCGUUGGGAAAAAGAAAGAGAAAUGUCGAGAAAGAUUGAUACUC